AUGACUCAGUACAAACUUCUAGAUUAUACACCAUCACAUACAGAUAUAAUACGUUUACGACAAGGAAAAGUUGGAGCACAGUUUUGGUCAAUUUAUUCGAAUUGUCAACAUCAAGGAAAAGAUGCAACAUUAAGUUUUAUGGAACAAAUUGAUCUUAUGAAUAGAAUCAUAGAUAAAUAUCCAGAUGUAUUUCAACUGGUUACAACAGCUGAAGAAAUUCGACAAGUAUUUCAUGCUAAACGUAUUGCUAGUCUAUUCGGUAUUGAAGGUGGACAAGCAAUUGAAAGUUCAUUAUCUAUUCUAAGACUUUUCUAUCAAAAUGGGGCUGAUCAACAUCAAGUCGAUCAAAUAGACUCAAUAUUGAUCAAAAAUAAUGGCUUAACAGAUUUCGGUAAAAUUGUUAUAAAAGAAAUGAAUCGACUUGGAAUGAUAGUUGAUCUUUCACAUGUUUCAAAACAAACAAUAAUAGAUGUACUUAAUGUAACUCAAUCACCAAUUAUAUUUAGUCAUUCAUCAGCUUAUUCAUGGUGCAAUGAUACAAGAAAUGUUCAAGAUGAUAUACUUGAAUUAGUGAAAAACAAUCAAGGUAUAGUUAUGAUUACAUUUGCAUCCUAUUUUGUGUCAUGUGAUGCUCCAGAGCGUGCAACGAUGGCCGAUGUUGCUAGACAUAUUAAUCAUGUAAGAAAUAUUGCUGGUAUUGAUUGUGUGGGUCUUGGAGCUGAUUAUGAUGGUACUAGUUUGAUACCAGUGGGUCUUGAAGACGUAUCAAAAUAUCCAGACUUAAUCGAAUAUUUAUUAGAACAAGGCAAUUGGACAUCUGAUGAUAUUAUUAAACUUAUUGGUGGAAAUAUUUUACGAGUUUUAGAAAAAAAUGAACAGAUAGCACGAGAAAUUCAAAAGACAACAAAACCACAAGAAAAUUUGAUACCUCUUAAUGAUAUUGAAAAAUAUAACAUGACAAAAUGCCGCUAUUUAGAUAUGUAUCAAACAAAUAAAUUAUCUAUUCUCUUCAAUAAUUAA